AUGUUUUCUUGCUGUUUUCAGACUACUCAAGUCACAGGCCACAAGAAAAAGAACAGAAAAGGCUGUGGCUGUAGCUGCAGUCACAGGGUUUACUCUUACCUUCAACAGCUCUGGCCAUGUACCCGAAAGAAGGCAAAGCGCAAAAGCCAGGGUGAGAAUGCAUCUGUCUCAGAAGACCAGAGGGAGCGUUGUAGAGAGUCAAGGAUAAGUGCAGACACAUUGCAAAAGCUGGUGGACCACUUGGUGCCUUCCCUGCAGGGUGGGGACCCCUUCUUUGUCCCUGCUUUUCUCUCCACAUACAGAAGGUUUGCCACCCCGCUGCAGGUGCUGAAUCUGCUGUGUAAGCGCUAUGAAUACUUCAGCUCUAAUAAUGAAGAGGAUGAACAAGUGAAGAACACCUUCUGUAGCUUCCUGAAAACAUGGAUGGACAAGAACCCUGAGGACUUUUGGGAUUACUCAGACCUGCUCCCUCUAAAAUACCUGAAGACAUUCUUGAGUAUGAACAUGCCAGAUUCAGAUCUCAUUGUCCAUGUCAAUAAGCUCCUGAUCCAGUUGCAGACCGAUCAGUACAACAUUCCAUAUGCCAAAGAUGAGGAAGACUUAGAUAUGGGGAGCGACACAUCCUCACAGCCAGAGUUUGAAGGGUAUUAA